ACAAGACUUACAAGUAUCUCAAUCUCUCAAGAGUCGAUCGAUAUAUGUAUACAACCGCGAAUUCGUGCAGACGACAUUUCAUAAAAUUCCGAAAUACGGAUCAGGUCGUGAGUCGUGUCGUGAGUGCGAGUGCUUAUACUUACGAAUCUAAUGCGUGUGUGACCCCGAUGAAGAUCUGAUCGAGGAGAAUCGAAUCGAGAGAUUCUAUUGCGCGCUGGUGCAUCUAUCGGUGUAUAGAGCACAGAAUAGGUACUUAUAAUAACAAUGCAAACAACAAGAAGCAAGUUUCAGUUAUUGAAGGGUGUCUUUUAAGUUUGCUUCGCGAGAAAAAAAGAGACAAAGGAAGAAAAAAAAUAAAAAGAACAGAAGUUAACAGGCGACAGCGACUACAUAGUCAAGAGCGACCAGUCAACUUCAAUUAAUACAGCUAUACAUAGAAGACGGUAUAUAGAAGCGAAAAAAAGUGUGUUACUAGAAUUAGAGAAGACUAGACAUACGUUUCUAUAUUCGUUUGUCGACAAGUAGCUAGUAUCUGACGUACUUUGUCGAACAGUUUCAGACAAAAUUAUGGCCAAUGCUCACAGUCCAACUCGUUUCAAUGGCGAAGCUGACAAUUUCUUUGAUCCAAACUAUACUCUUGAUAUAAGCCAAAAAAUGAGAGUUCCCAAAAGUAUUAGAGUUAGUGGUGACUUUACUGAUCAAGAAAUUUCUGGCACAAAUGGUUCAGCUUGGAACAUGAUGUCCAAAAAAUUAGAAAUGCAUGUGCCAGAUCGAAUUUUAGUAGCUGGCCAAGAACAGCAUAUAGGUACUAAAGCACCCCCCAGAGAAAUAGCUUUAGAAAACGCAGUUUUACCGUCUGUUGAGACUCCUGCUGUGCGGUGUAUUACGCCUCCUCGGGUAUUGACAUUAGACACACAUUAUUUUCCUACUGCAGACGAAGAUAACAGGCAAAACAAGUCUACAGAUUUUGAAGUAAUGCCUGUAAAACCUCGUGGUACUUUACAUAAUGAAACUCAAGUGGUUACUAGAAAUACCAGAGAACAAACACCGGCAUAUGGUGUCUUAGACGCUUCACUACCGCCUGGAGAAGAAGUGCAACAGUUAAGACGCCAAGUUGGAAAAUUAAAUCGACGUGUAAUGGCUAUUGAGUCAGAAAUACAGCAACAGCAACAAAAAAUGAAACUUGUAUAUAUAAUGGCCGCGAUGUACAUUUGUUUUAAGACCAUGUUUUGGUUUGGUAAAAACUAAUUACAUGAGAUAUUUGAUUCCCAGGGGAGAUUUUUUAUGUCUGAUCAUACGUCUGAUUUGUUAUAAUUUUUUAUACUUGUAUUGAAAAUGAAUAAAAAUAACCUUGUACCAAAGAGUAUAUGCAACUGAAUACUGACAAGGUUAUCUGAAAAACAGUAAAAAAAAAAAAACAUGUUUUUUACGGUGUAAAACAUGUUUCGUACUUGUAUUUGUAUUUUUUUUUUAAGUUUACAAUUAAUUUGACGUAUUAUCAGAUUUUAAAAAAUAAGUAUGUUUUUUCUAGUAAACGACACAAAAUUUUCAAUAGUCAAUAGAGUUUUAAAAAGUUCAAGUUUUACAUAGCGAAUUAGUAAACAUUUAUUUUACUCAGUAUUUAACUUAUAUUUCUUACUUAUGUUCAACUAAAAUAUAAACAAUUUAUUGCGUUACACAACACAUUGUUAUUUAAUCAAGUGGAUGAAAUUUAUAAUGUAAUUUACAGAACCAUAGGAAUCCAAAAUUUGAACCUUUUUCUGUUUUUCUUGAUUAAGACAAUAUUUUGUUGAUGUAAGUUAAGCCUAGAAUUUAGGUCAUUAAUUGCUAAUAUUGAGUAACGAAAUGUUUAAAAAAUUGGCGGAUGGCGCUAAUGUUGAGUACGUGAAAAAGUUUUACAUUUUAAUGUAUGCAAGACUUAAGAUUUUUUUUUGGCCAUGUAUACAAUACUGUACAUUUACUUAUGGUGAUACUAGUGAUUUAUUAAACUCAAGUAUAUACAAA